AAAUUUUAGAGUACAUUAAUUAUAUACUUAAACUCUGAAACUCAUUUAAAAUUGGCUUCAUUCAGUAACUCUACGACUCACCGAUUUCGUUAAACAUAGGUUGGGAAAAAAUUCGCAAAAAUUCAGAACAAACAGCGAAACCCCGUAAUGCGCAAUCCGGCAGUAGUGCGUCAGAAAACUCGAAAAUCCGUUGAGGAAUUAUAUGGUACCAAAUAUGAAAUUCCCCCUGCUAAAGCAAACGUAAAUGUUGUGCAAAAGACUGCACGUAUUGAUCGUGAACAUGGCUAUAUAAUGAACAACUCACCUUAUAAUGCAUGCAAUAAACUUAGUGGGGCACCACCUGUGCCAAAUAGCUCGGUUAUUGGGACUACCCGCCGUCGUACGGGACGUCCCCAGCCAAUUACAAAUGAGAAGCCAUCAUAUCAACAAAAGGACGAUAUGCCUGAUAACAAACGUGACUCUUUUGUUAAGCAAAGAACAGGACGUAUGGAGAAAUCGUAUGCUAAUCAAGUCUACGACAAAAAUUAUGAAAAUGAAAAAAAGAAGGAGCAGCAUCAUGUACAUCAUAACCACCAUCAUAAUAAUAAUGCUAAUUAUGACGAGGACAAGGAUGAUGAUACGGAGGAGUUCUUUGAAUUAAUUCGUCAGACAGUCGAAAGCGCCAUUGCGGUAAAUAAUAAAUCCAUCACAGAUGUUUUCAAUCGCAACUUCCGUGACUUGUCAGCCAAGAUAGAUCGUUUUUCCACGGAACUCAAGGCAACAAAUGCGGCACUUAACAAAAUGCAGAAUGACAUGAAUAACAAAGUUAUACACUAUGGUGAAGAGAACUCACGUCAUUUUCGUUACUUAUGCAUGAAGUCGGAGUACGACAAAAUGUUCUACCAACAUCAUGCUAUGAUGACACAGAAUUUAAAACCAGAAAAGGGAGGAGGUGCCGUCGGUGGUGGCGGUGUUGCAGUUGGAGGAGGAGGAGGAGGAGGAGGAGUAGGAGGAGGAGGAAAUAUGUCUUGUAAUAAAUCUAAUGUUACCAAUGAAACUGAUCUAAAGUUAAAAACUUGUCCAUGUCGCAGUAAUAGAACUUUGCAAGCGGAACCACAUAAGUCUUCCUCAGAAGAUCAAAUCAUAGGUAAUAUCAGCAAUAAGUCUUCUGAAAUGGGAAUGCGAGAGGUUCUUGAACAUAUUCAGCGAUUUUGUAAUCAAAUGCAAAUGGGCGAUAUGAAGACAGAUGACGUUACUAAGAACAAUGUUCUUUUCCAUAUGGAAAACGCUAUGAAGCUUGUCAAACCGCCCAUGUUCGAAGAAGACGAUGAUGAGGAUGAGGAUUUUCAAAUAAGUUCUGAUGGCAUGACUCCUCGUAGUGAUGAUCAAUCAAACAAAUUCUCAAAUAACACCAUGCACUUGUGUACAACGCGCGGUGCAACUGGAGGUGGCGAUGCUUAAUGCUGGGUAGGCUACUAUAAUUUCGAAAACUGAUGAAUUAAAAAGAAAAACUUUUUAAGCAACGAAAACGAUUAAAAAAUUGGUACCAAAUACUAGAUUAAAAAUCCACAUAUCCAUUCUUGAAGGUCCUGUGAGGAUAUAAUCUGUAAUCGUUUUAAUGAAAAUCAAAAUUUGUGAUGCGCAAUAUUUAUAUUUUUUGAUGAAAUAUUUUUUUUUUUUGGAAUC